AUGGCUUCGAAAGCCAUUCCCCAUCUUGUGCGCCAGGCCACGAGGGCGGCAUCCAGAGCAUCUCAAGCUCAUCCUCAAAGACAACCAUUGCACAUUCGACCUUUCUCCAGCACACCUUCAUCAAGGAGCGAAGCACUCUUUGUCCACCGCAACACGCCCGAAAACAACCCCUCGAUCCCUUUUAAAUUCAACAACACCAACCUCCGGCUAAUCGAUGAGAUCCUCAAACGCUACCCGCCGCAGUACAAGAAGGCGGCCGUCAUGCCGAUACUGGACCUCGGCCAGCGCCAGCACGGCUGGACGAGCUUGUCCGUGAUGAACGAGGUGGCGCGCAUCCUCGAAAUGCCGCCGAUGCGAGUCUACGAAGUCGCCACGUUCUACACCAUGUACAACCGCGAGCCGGUCGGCAAGUACUUUGUGCAAGUGUGCACGACGACGCCGUGCAUGCUUGGCGGCUGCGGCAGCGACAAGAUCAUGAAGGCGUGCGAGGAGUUUCUGGGCGUGCAUUCGGGCCACACCACCGAGGACAAGCUCUUCACCCUGCUCGAGGUCGAGUGCCUGGGAGCGUGCGUGAAUGCGCCCAUGGUCCAGAUCAACGACGACUACUAUGAGGACCUGACGCCGGAGACCAUGAAGACCCUGCUGCAGGCGCUGAAAGACAGCUCGACCAUCAGUGGCUACGAUGCGAGCAAGGUGCCGAGACCUGGACCCCAGACCUACGAGGGCAAGCAGAGGGAGACGUGCGAGCCGAGGGGAGGUCUGACUUCGUUGCUGGGAGAGGUACCCAGGGUCCAAGACCACAUGAGGACCGAUGGGGAGUUGUAA